AUGUUAAAGACUGUAAAUAAAGAUGCCAUCCCUAAAUUGUUAAAGGGUAAACAAGCCUUCUGCUAUGAUUACUUAUCAUCAAUGAGUGUACUGGACGAACCGCAUCUUCCUUCAUGUGACAAGUUUUACAACACACUGAAAGAUGAUGAGUUAUCAUUGCGCAUGCAUAUUGGAUUAGAAGUAGCUAAUGUUCACGCCAUCUAUGAGUUUAAGUAUGAGACUUACCUUAAAGAUUUCAUUGAAACCAAUGUUCGUGAACGAGCCAGUACCAAAUGUGUGAUAAAAAAAGCUAUACAAAUAUAUGGAAAGAGCCUCACAGAUGUUUCAAAAUAUGUAAACAAGCACUGUUUGGCCACAAAUCGUAGAGCAUUCCUAAAACACGCUCACAACCCCUUCUUCAAGUGUAGUCUGUUGUUAAGUAAAGACUGUGUGAUAUGCACUAUCAAGCAGAAGUCUCUCCUAGUCAAUACUCCUACAUACCUUGGCUUUCCCAUACUAAAAAUUGCUAAGAGACGUGUCUACGAGUUCUGGUAUGAUGUGGUAAAACCAGCAUAUGGGGAUAAAACGAGUCUAUUAUAUACUGACACAGACUCUUUCAUCAUUAAACUCAACUGUCAAGAUGUGUUUGAGGAGCUGAAUAAGUCUCCAUUCUUUGACUCAUAUGGACACCCAGAUAUCCCAACUAAUGUUGAUGCUAAGAUGGAUGUAGUAGUGGUUGAGGGGAUAGAAGAAAUAUCUAAGGAGGAGGAGGAUGACGAAGUGAUAGAAGUGGUACAACAGGCAGAGGCUCCGUGGA